UGAAGAUUGAAAAAUGUGACAUUUCUUCCAAAACAUCUCGUUUCGCAGUGUGUGCUUUUAAUUCCCGGUGAAUAUGUCCAAUUCGCAUCUCUUCCUCAAAUCCGGCUUUCCGCGGGCCCCGUUGGCCAAUGGUGUUGGCCGGUACGUGUGCCAGCUGCAACGCAUCACCCUCAAGUACUGCAAAAACAAUGGCUCCAGCAAGGGAAUGCGAGAGUUCCUCGAGAAUGAUCUGCUGGACUUCAGCCGAGCCAAUCCGGGAGUUGUUGUGUACGUGAAACCUCGCCGGCAUCGGACGGCCGUCAUGUCCGCCGAGUACCUCAACGGGGACAAGCAGUGGAUCAACUGCCGGAACAACACCCGCGAGGAGAUCCGAAAAUGGGUCGAAGUGCUGAAGACGCAAGCCACCGGUUCCAGCGAUACCCGAUUACGUAAACUGUGGCAUACGGAUGUGCCCUCCGUUCAGGGACCCUGGACCCCGUUCACCCACCAGCACCCAUCGGGCAAUGUCGCGCAGUACCCUAAUAGAGAGCUGUCGAAACUGCAAACGGAUGAGAUUACUGCCACCGAGAAGCUCAUCGAGAUGUAUCAAGCGCAAAAGUUGCAACAAGGGAGCUCUUCCUAAGGUGUAGGUUGUUCUAGUUUUUACUUCGUUAGAUUGAUUAAUGUGAAUAAACUGUUUAUGAGAUGAA